GGGACAGAGCUGAGCAACAGCCUGGCAGAGCAGGAACAUCCUCCUGGACGGCCAGAAGAUGUUGGCCACCCUCACCCUCUUCCUGGGGCUGCCCCUCACCCUGGCCACCAAGCCCCCAAGCUGCGCCCCACUCAUCGCGAUCACUUUCGACAACACCACCGUCCCUUGGCUCCUGGGACAGUGGUUCUACAUUGCUGGUGCCUCCAGGUAUCCCCCUCACCUGGAAGAGAUGAGAGCAGUGACAUUCGAGGCUUUUUCCUUCUCUCCCGGGAGCCACGAAGAUGAGCUCAACGUCACUGAAAUCAUAAGAAUGAAUGAGACAUGUGUGGUGAAGAACUCCAGCAAGGUCCAGGUCGUUCACCAGAACUCCACCCUGAUACACGUUGAUAAUAACAUGGUGGCUUCCAUGGCCAGACUGAUCCAAAGUGACAAAGACCUGCUGAUCCUGAACCACAUCAACAUUGACUUCCUGAGUCUGAGCCUCUCAGCACGGACACCCAACGUGAGCAAAGAGCACAUGGAGGAGUUCAAAGCCCACCUGCACUGCCUGGGCUUCACUGACGAGGAUGUGUUCUACACUUCCAGAGAGCGUGCCUGUCCCCUGCCCGGGAAGCAAACGGGUGAAGGCAAUGCAGUUCCACAGAUGGGGUAACCCCCAUGGACCGGGUCAGCUGCUCCAUCCUCAUCCUCCUCCAGCCCCAGCCAGGCUCAGCACAGCCUCAGGAUUUCUUAUCUAUCCAUGUUUUUGCCUUUCCUCCUGGAUUUCACUGUUCUCAACUGGGCCCAAAAUAAAUUCCUUUGUUUCUACCA